AUGAAGGCCACUUUCACCGUCCUCGCUACUCUGCUGGCCUCCGCGGCUGCCGGCUCUCUCGACACACGCCAGAGCGGUCUCACUGUGCCCGAGAUGCAGGAGCUCCGCGCCGCGGCCUGCCCCAACAUCAGGACCGGCGAACGCGGCAAGUGCGAGGAGACGGCCGACUCGACGAUCAAGUCGUGCGUCGAGGCCACGAGCAACCUCAAGGGCAAGAAGAAGGACACGGCCAUGAAGUGCGUCAAGGUCAUCGGCGAGGUCUGCCCCGAAGAAGACGACGACGAGUGCAGGAAGGAGGCCAUUUCCUGCAUCUCCGAGCUCACCACCAACAGCGGCCCCGGGGAGGCUCCCUACGCCCUGGGCAAGAACGUCCUGACCGCGUGCAUCAACAAUGCCAAGAAGGGCAAGAAGCCUACUACCUCCACUGAGGACACGGAGAAGCCCACGACGGGGAAGCCCACGACGGAUGAGCCUACGGCGGAUGAGCCUGCCGCGGAGGAGACGGGCAACUCAGGCAAGGCCCCCACUCCUUCUUGCGGCGGCUCCAAGCGCCGCGCUUAG